GGUCCUCCCACAUCAGUAGUCGGGAUAAGAUGGCGGCCGAGGGAGAGUACGAGUCGAUUCUGUGCGUUAAACCAGAUGUCAAUGUUUACCGCAUCCCGCCUCGUGCUUCGAACCGCGCGUACAGGGCUGCUGACUGGAAGCUGGACGCUCCGGACUGGUCCGGUCGGAUGAGAAUAACGGCCAGAGGAACAGUAGCAUACAUCAAACUAGAAGACAAAGUCUCAGGGGAGCUGUUUGCCCAGGCACCUGUGAAGGAGUACCCCGGUGUUGCUGUGGAAACUGUCAGUGAUUCCAGCCGAUAUUUUGUUCUGAGGAUACAGGAUGACAGCGGCCGCAGUGCUUUCAUAGGAGUUGGCUUUGGGGACCGAGGAGACGCUUUUGAUUUCAACGUCGCUCUGCAGGAUCAUUUCAAGUGGGUGAAACAGGAGAGUGAAAUCAGUAAAAGCAACCAGCUCGGGGAUUCAGGACCAAAACUGGAUUUGGGUUUUAAGGAGGGACAGACAAUCACACUGAAUAUAGGACAGGGUAAAAAGAGGGAUAAGCCCCGUCCACAAGGCUCAGCGGGGGUUGGACUCCUGCCGCCACCACCUGGAGGGAAGAUCGCUCCACCUCCUUCGUCUGUCUCAUCAAACCACAACACAGUUCCCCAGACAGCUGGCAUAACUACAGGCUGCCUCUUGGAGUUGGACAGCAGUAACUCCAACACAGUGGUUCAGUCCAAUCAGAACUCAGAUCUACUCUGGGGAGACUUUUCAGCUCCAGCAAGUUCUGUUCCUGCUCCAUCAACGACUCAAAGCUCCACAAACUGGAUCCAGUUCUGAGCCGUCGCUGCUCACGUCAGAUGCAAUGUUUCAUCUCGCUGCAUUCGUGUCCAUGGCUUCCUGUGACCCUCACUGAGAGUAUCUCCCACACCAUCACCCUCAGAGCAGAGAUCACAAACCCCAUUGUUCUGACAAAGUGUGUAUUCCCCCUUAAAUCCUGCUGACAGCAAAUGAAGCAUUAAUGACUUAAAGCCAUGAAAUUAUAUGAGCCAUCUGCAACAAUAUGUAAGGGCUAUGUGGCAGGUGUUACUCCUUCAUGUGUUUACAUCAAUUCGCCUGUAGGGGUCCCUCUGGGCAGAGCUUUCUUUUUUUGGACCGAGAUGGAUUUACAUUUUGUCUGUAUGAUAGCGCCCUCUGCUGGCACCAAAAAGUCAACAAAAAUGUCAACAAAUACAGAUUCUAAGCGUCCUUUUAAAAUAGCUGAAAAUAUGCAAAAAGCAAAAUGAGCAACAGAAAAACACUAAUAUAUGAAUAUGUCUAUAUUCAGUUAGGAUUAGCUCUUAUUUAUUUAUUUUUUGAAAAACAAAAUUGGGGAGAUGUCCUCAUAGACAUACAGAUACAUCAGUAUUUAUAUGGGAUUAUUAGGUCCAUAAAUUUAUGGUAAUAUAGUGUAAAAUUAUAUGUCAAUGUCUUACAGUGUUCCCCUUUCUACAUCCAUCCACUUUCCAAGUGUUUUUUCCAUCUUUACUCUGUAUUUUAAAGAAGCACAUAAGUUAAAUAAAAUAUGGAAUAACCUUAUGUGCAUCUGCUGCUCAAAACGAAUACAUAAUCUCAUGUAAUCUGGCGAACAUAUUGACUCAGAGGAAAAAAAUAUCCUUCAGGAAAUCAUAGGGAGGCUCUUCAGUGGUGGUUAUUGUCAAGUCGUCAAGUCGCUCUGCUUUUGGCAUUUAAUGCUUUCGAUAUCAUCACUGUCACUCAAUUGUGAAAUUUAAUUUAAAGGAAGCAGUGCUGCUACACCUUUUAAACAUCCCUUCUGCUUUGAUUAAUAUAAGUUUAAAGAAAAAGUGAACUAAAAGUAAAAUAUAUGAUUCAGAUGCAAGUUUUUUUGCCUUGGCGGGCUGAUGUUGUGCUGCACAAUAAAACAAAUAAUUGCUCCACAAUUGGACUUGUAAAUUUUUCAAUGCCCUCUGAUGUGUGGAAAGUUAUCAUAAAAAAGAUUUUAACAGUGAAAUACCUUGAAGGCUGGACUGCAAAUGUGUGAAGUUGUUGCAGAAGGCGUUUUUAUUUUUGGUGAAGCUGUUUCCUGUGAGCUUGGACAUGAAUAAAAACUGGAAUGAUGGUGUGGUCUGGAAAAUUAAACAUUUUCCAGUCAGGAUUCCUAAAACUCACCAGAUGUGUCAACAUGUCCUAGAAUGAACUGAGCUGUUUGCUGCAGGAGAUGUGAGAGGACAAGCCUGAGCACUGGAGGAAAAACAAAAUGAUUAUGUUGCUUCAUUCUGAAUGUGUCAAUGGCAGCAGAUGAAAUGUUGAUCUUCUUGCUCUAAAAGUCUUAUUAAUUUAAACAAAGUUUACAUUCAUUUAUUUGAAUUUUAUUAUUGACUGUGAUUUAAACUUAUCUGCAUAGAUAUCGAAGAUGUGCUGUGAUCAGAUCACAUAAACUGUAAUUGACUGGCAUUGAAAUAUAGGACUGACUCGUUUAUGUUGUCUUGUGUUAUGUUUACAUUACUCAUAUUGCCAGAUCAAAUAUCAUGUCCUUCAUUUAUUGCUUCUUCCAUUCUGGAUGUAAAUUCGCUGGACUUGAUUUAUGACCAGUUUAAUGAGAGAGAGGCAAUAAAACCUUCAAAAGGA